AUGCAAUUGAAAUAUCUACUUGUCACGUUGACAACUUUGGUCGGGGCAGCAGUUAGUACCGAAAUUUACACUAUUUCCAACACCACUGAUGUCAAGAGUCUCUUUUACCCCAUUGAGGAGGAACAUAUGGUUCAUGAAUUUGAGCAGCUGGAGGAAAUCCAUUCGUGGAAAUUUUACAAUUAUCAACAUUUUCAAUCAUCGCAAUUGUGGCAGGAGUUGGAUGCGUCUUCGGGAGUGGAGACUGAGUUUAAUCAGACUGUGGUGCAUUUGAUUGAGAGUAAUGAGACUUUGAUUCUUUCUUCGUUGAGUCCUGUUACUUUUUUCGAGUUUGAAAUUGAUUCGUUUUUGAGUCAUGGAAAAUUGGGUGCAAAUGCAAAUUCAUCGGUGGAUUGGUUUGGCGAGGAUGAUGAUGGUGGUGGUAUCGAUGACGAGUUGGAUUUGGACCAAGAGGCUGCCGCUAUUUCGGGUAAAGAAAGAGGAUUUGGAGGCGGGGCUUUAAGUGGCGACGAUGAUGAAGAUGAAAGGGCCACCAUGAUUAUCCAAUUUGAUCCAGAUGGUGAAAUUCUCAAGCGUGCUUCCCCCAAUACGGCUAUCAAUUUGUUUUUGGUUAGUUUAUUUGUUGAAUCUGGAGCUGAUGGGGUCAAGAGUAUGGUUGAGAAUGAUGAUACGAUUUUUAUUGUUCCUAGUAAAGAUGGCGAUGUUCAAUUUGAAGCACAAGGGAUUUUGAAAUUGAUUAUUCUUCCAAUUCUCAAGUUGAAGAAGUUGAUUUGGAUCAUUGAAAAGAAGACCAUUGCAUUGUUGAUCAAGCUUAAAGAAUUGACGGCUGCGAUAUUGAAAAAGACAAAGAGGGUUAUCAUUUUGUUUACAAUCAAGACUAAAUUGGUCAUAUUGAAGACGUUGUUUCUUAUUAAACAAAAGGUUAAGAAGGCUAAAUUAUUGGUUGAGAUUGUGGCGAUUGUGACGAAGGAGAAGACAAAGUAUAAGAUUAAAAAGACAUUGAUGAUUAUAGCCAUGUUGAAGGAGAAGGCAAAGGAUAAGGUGCGUAAUACGAAGGAGGCUUUGAGAGCGGCAAAGGACAAGUUAAAGAAAGGGAGUGGGGACUGGAGUGAUAGUGAUUGA